UUAUCCCUCUCCUUCCCCUGUUCCUCAUACCUCGCCUUCCCCUGUUCCUUAUACCUCGCCUUCCCCUGUUCCUUAUACCUCUCCUUCUCCUGUUCCUUAUACCUCUCCUUCCCCGGUUCCUUAUACAUCUCCUUCCCCUGUUCCGUAUCCAUCUCCUUCCCCUGUUCCUCAUACCUCUCAAUUCUAUGUUACCUAUAUCUCUCCUACCAGGGGGGAUGCAUUCGGUUUCUUCUAUUUAAAUUCAAUUCAAUUAUAUAUAAUUCAACUGUCUUUUUACUAACGUAGAUGUCUUCUUAUCCUUUUUCGCUUAAAACGCACCCCUUUAACUAAGUAUAUAUAAGAAAAAAGACAACUCACUUUACCCUGUUAUGUUUCUACCCUCCAUUCUUUCUUCCUGAUCCAAAAAUAAACAUGAUUGAACUACACGACACAUAGUUUGACAAAGUAGUGAAAGCUUCUUUUGAAACUUUAUCAUAAAGUUUUUCCGCUUUUUGCUAAAGUUAACCUGCGGUUCCCUGAAAGAGACUGCUGAGGAAAUUUUAAUUUACCCUUCUUUUUUGAAAAUGGAUAUGACGGUGCCCUUGCAAAUUUUAUUUUAUCUUUGUCGAAUCUUAAAAAUGGUUGAAUUAAAUAAAUUGUCUAUGUUUGCAUAAAAUUUGCAAUUGCAAAUAGCUGUCACAAAGAAACCACAAUCAGUGUACUGUGUACAGUCCCUUUUAUCUAUUCUGUAUUAGUUUUUUUAGACUAUACAAUUUCCAGCUAAUUAUAAUCAGAGUUCACCGGUUAGUUGUAAAUAGACUUUUCUAGUAGCAACUACAGGGUGUAAAUUUCUUUAAAUAAUUGAAAUUUUCAUAAGAAAAUACAGGGUGAAAAAUAUAAUUUUCCCAGAAAAAAUAAUGCGGUGAAUAAUUAAAUUCAAAACUACAGGGUCGAAAACAAUUUGAAUGCUGGAUUUUUUAUAAAUAAAAUUAUAAGGUGAAGAAGUAACAUUUUCUAGAAGAUAUUAAAGCGUACACAUUUGAACUUUUCUGGAAGAAAAAACAGGACUAAUACUGGAAUUUUUUUGAAAAAACAGGGCUAGUACUCAAAUUUUUCUCAAAAAAAAACAAGGCUAAUACUGGAAUUUUGCUGAAAAAAACAGGACUAAUACUAUAUUUUUUUCUAGAAGAAAAAACAAGGACUAAUACUGGAAUUUUUCUAGAAGAAAAAACGGGACUAAUACUUGAAUUUUUCUGGAAGAAAUUCUAAAAGGAAAAUACCUCUCAGUUGUACAGGGGUGUAUAUUUUCUUCAAAAAAAUAAUUUCCCACCCCGAAAGAAGUUAUCGGAAAGAAUCUACAGAACAAGUGUUUUCCAGAAAAAAAAAUAUAGGGGUUAUGACACAAUAUCAUAAUAAUGAACACAGAACAGGUGGAGAAAUGGAAGAAAGCUGUAGAAAUGGCGACGAAAAACAAGAACCUAGGUAGUGUGGCAACUGCAAAUGUUCUUCUUUCUCAAACCAAUGCAAAGCCAGUGAAUAGAGUCCCUGCCAUGCAACCUCUAGAAAAAGCGUUUGCUCUUCUGAAUUUACCAAAAUCUUCAUCAGUAGCUGAAGCUAAAGCAGCAUACAAAAAAAAGGUGAUAGCCUACGCUUCCUCUGCUUCUGCAUCUGGUAAACUGGAAGAGAUAAACGGAGCUUUUGUAGAGAUUAUUGAGUAUUUCCAACAGAAGGCUCUACAGCAGGGGAGUGAGGAUCCAGAAAGUGCCGAGAUAUUACAGAAAUGUGAAGAAUAUUUGCCAGGACAGGUUAAAGCUAAGAGUGGAACCCUGGUAAUAAAACUAAAGCACAAUGGAGCAGUUUGGAAGAAAGCAAUAAAACAAAAGUUUCCCGGGGCCAUUAAUGUUAAUGCUUCAAAAAGUAGUUCCAAGGCAAAAUCAAGAAAAAUACGAUCGGAGAGAGGGAAUACAGAAUCGGCUAAAUUUGUUUUAACUUGGCGACCCUCAAACGAUUAUAUUCAUCUUAAAGUUAAUCUUCAAGUCACCGAGUCUACACUUUUGGUAUCUGGUCAAAGCUAUAUCCUAUGGGCUACAGAGAACUAUGGAUCAAUGUGUAAACUAGCAGAUGAUAUUGUUGCCAAGGAAGGAGAAAUCAAGGAAGAAAUCCCCGAAAUUGAUGAUUCGGAGAAAAUGGAUGAAAUAAUUAAAUGUUUAAGGAGCAUUGAAGGAAACUUGAAUCAGUUGUCCAGAAAAACUGAAACUUUGGAGGAAACCCAAAGGAUUCUUGAAGUUGAUGUAAAACAAUUAAACAGCCAGCUUACUAAUCUUUCCGAACAUAAUAGAGGAAUGAGGGUAGAGGUUGACAGAAUAAACACAAGACUGGACUCAGUGGAACUAAACCAGGAAACAUCAGCGCAGUCCCAACUAAAAGCGCAUGCCAAGCUGGAUGAUCUAACUGUGAAAGCUCAUGAAAUUAGGCAACUAGCAGGAGCGCGUACACUUGCUGAAGGAAAGAGUGCCGCGUUCAUCAUUAACAAAAAUCCUCCUCCCGCCCAUCUCAUCAAGUCGUCUUCAACUAUUGGACUUUCAAAGAAAUUUUCAGAGACUGGAACGGAUGAAUCCAAUGGAAGAAACUCCAACCUACCGAGUCCGAGAAGAAAGCAAACGGGAUCUUCCAAAAAAAAAUCAAUAUCAGAUUCUCCAAGUAAAAGACGAAUAUCUGCUCAAGAGCUCAAAAAAACAAAUAGGAUGGAAGUGGUGGAAUCUGAAUCAUCAGGAUAUCAUACAACUUACUCAAAGGAGAGUAUGCAUGAUGUAAUGAAGAAGAUGGAAGAUGAUUCUGAUGAGAAGAUAGAAGAGAUGAUUGAUGAUAUAUCAACAAAUGAAAUGUUCGGAAGUAGUAUUUUGUCAAUGUAAAUACAUUUUAGAUUAGAAAUAAAUACAAUUGUUUGAUAAUAUAAGAAAAGCUGUUUUUAAGUUUGUCUGUAACCUUAUGAAUUACACACUUUUUUCAUGUUUUACUGGAAUGUCCUAUGGCAGGCCCAUUUAACCUUCAAGAUAAAUAAAAACCAUAGACAGGAUU